AUGGCCUCCUAUCUCACAAUUCUUACCGCUUUGGCGGCUGUCUUUGCUCCUGUCUUCGCCGCACCAGCAGCAAUACCUCACCCAAAGAUCAAGACUCCAACCGCUGCCAAAGAAAUUGUCGCUGAUAGCUAUAUCGUUGUUUACAACACUGAUAUCACGACAGAGGUAACCGCUAGCCAUGUUGACUUUGUCAACUCCAUUGUUGCAAAGCGUGACAAUGCUGUAUCAGUUGGCGCAACUUACAAAAUCAAAGACUUCGCUGGAUACCAUAUUUCAGCGGAUGAGGCCACCAUUGUUGAGAUCGCCAACAAGCCAGAAGUUGCAUACAUUGAGAAAGACCAAAAGGUCUACGCCUCAACAUUGACAACCCAGUCUGGAGCAACUUGGGGUCUUGGUCGCAUUUCUCACCGUGCAAAAUCCACCACAAGCUAUAUCUAUGACAGUACGGCCGGAAGUGGUACAACGGUCUAUGUUGUUGAUACUGGUGUCUACGCUGCACACUCUCAAUUUGGUGGUCGUGCCAGUAUGGGAGCUAACUUCGUUUCUGGGUCCGCUAACACUGAUGAGAACGGCCACGGAACUCAUUGCUCAGGUACCAUUGCUGGUAGUACCUACGGUGUUGCCAAGGCAGCAAAGAUUGUCGGUGUCAAGGUUCUAGAUGCCUCCGGAUCUGGAACAACUGCUGGUGUUAUCUCUGGUAUUCAAUGGGUUGCUACUAACCACGUUUCCAAAUCUGUUCUUAGCAUGUCUCUUGGUGGUGGCUUUUCAACCAGUUUGAACAGUGCAGUUACAAGCACAGUUGCCUCCGGUGUAACCGUAGUUGUAGCUGCCGGAAACGAUAACGCAAACGCGGCUAACACUUCACCUGCUUCUACUCCCAAUGCCAUCACAGUCGGUGCCAUCGACACAAAUGAUGCCCGUGCCUCCUUCUCCAACUACGGUUCCGUCCUCGAUGUCUUUGCUCCAGGUGUCAACGUCCUCAGCUCAUGGAUCGGCUCUACCAGCGCUACCAACACCAUCAGUGGAACUUCCAUGGCUACACCCCACGUUGCAGGUCUCGCUGCUUACUUGAUUGCCCUUGAGGGUUUGAGCACACCUGCUGCUGUAGAGGCUAGAAUUAAGGCUUUGGCAACUAGUGGUUCCAUCACUAAUGCCGGAAGUGGAAGCCCAAAUCUCAUCGCCUAUAAUGGUGAUGGUGCAUAA